CCAUUUGCGAUGAAACAUAGCGCAGUCUACGCCUCUUAAGGAGCCCCGCCUUUGGCCGUUACCAGAGUUUAGUUUCUUCACACACUACGACAAACCUUUUCACAAUACGGCCGUCUGACGGAGCACUGUCAAAACAUUAUUUUGAAAACAGCAUCACACAUUUUGAAGAAUGGACGACACACGUGACUUACCAGCUGUCUGGUGGCUAGAGAUGGUGUGCACGCCCAUCAUCACUGUGGUUGGUAUAACAGGAAACAUCCUGACGCUCCUUGUGUUGGCGCGGCGUUCAGCUCCCACAGACCUUCCACCAGCAUCCAUGCGCUUCUUCCUUAUGGCCCUCACAAUCACGGACUCUCUCAUACUGUUGUUGCCUUGCUUCACAUCAUGGAUAAUUUACGCCAUUUCCGGUUUAGUUGUAUACAACAUGUCUGAAACAUCGUGCAGGCUGGGGAUUUUCAUGGUUUACUUUCUUCUUCAAUUGUCACCAUGGAUACUAAGUUUUAUAACUAUAGAACGUGUUUUAGUGAUUGUGUUUCCAGUGUAUUUUUUUAGAAAUCCAUUUACAUUGAAACGUGCAAUCUUAUUAUUCUCUUUUACUGUUUUAUUGUUAACGAUGUUGAAUGCUCACUUAUUGUUUGGUAUGCACCUGAAAUCGGUUAACUUGAUACCGAUAAAUGUAACAAAUGAAAGUUGGCCUAAUAUUACGGUGCAAGUCAUAUGCGAUUCCAAUGAAAAACAUUUUGUUUUCAUGUACAAAGUUUGGAGCUGGAUUGACUUUGCCUUUGCAUUUGGCCUGCCGUUUCUUACGCUAGUCAUUGGAAAUAGCCUUAUUAUUAAAACAUUGAUUAGUCAUGAGAGUUUUAGGCGUACCCGCUCUCGUCGUACCGAGGAGACGGGCCGUCGGACGAGCCAAAGUAAACAAUGGACAAAGGUCAGUGUGUUUCUUGGUCUGGCCUUUGUCAUACUGGCAAUGCCUAUUGGGGUGUACCAGAUUGGCGUACCAUUUUGGUUUCCAAAACAGCCAGACAUGGCCACACGAAACAUCCUGAAGUUGAUCCGGGCCAUCUUACAUCUACUACUGUACACAAACAGUGCCAUUAACUUCGCCUUGUAUCUGCUGUGUGGAUCUUCAAAACUUCGGAAGGAGUUUAUGAAACCUAUUCGAAAGUGUGUAUUUACGUUUUGCAAAUGUGCACGAAAUGACAUUCACAAAAGUCUAGAUAUGGCAGAAACUCAUGACACCCUAAUCCAAGAACCUCGAACAGAACUUCAAUAAGUUGUUUCCUAGACAUUGCAUAAUUUAUUAGUUGUUCUAGAUUUUAUCAAAAUAUAUUGUUCUCGUGAAGCCAUUGUUUUUUUCCUCUUCCAAUUUGUGUUACAGUUUAGCAGUUUUGUAAUGACAACAUUCAGCAGCCACGUGGAUUUCACGUUGAUUUCACCUCAACUUCCAUUCCGAAAAUGAACGGCGAAUAUUUUCCGAUGAACGUAUUUUCGGAUAUAAUGGGUGAGAAAGAAUAACUUGUAACGUUAGUUUAUCAAUAAAUGAAAAUAAGUAUUUUUUAACAAAUCUGGAAUAAGUAUUGAACUAUUGGUGUUGAAAUAAGAACUGCAGUGCGUGAUUGAUGUCAUUUUCGGAGUAUGAACGCAGUUGGGCUGGUUAAAGUGGGGGGAGUCCGAAUAUUUUGCAUAUGUUUACUCAUGUGUCUUUAUUGAUCAAAUUAUUGAUCAAAACAAAAUAUUCAUAUCAUUUGUAAAAAGAUA